CCGUAUUUUUGGCAACACAGGUCGGCGUGGGUUUUAGUGUUAUGUGUUAGCGUGGGUUGAUUGUUAAUUAUUUACUUACAUACAAUUAACAAUAAAAAGUGCACUAAAAACGCAAUUGCGCAAACUUAGCACAGCAUGGUAAAAGGUGCGCCUGAGAAACAGAGGAGAAUACCAUAGUUGUACGAAUAAGUUCCAGCCCACUAGCCGUCAUGUCGCAGCAAUACAGUCUACGUUGGAACAACCACCAGCCAAACUUCAUUUCCACGUUCACGACCCUGCUGACCACGCGGACCCUGGUCGAUGUGACCCUCGCGGCCGAGGGCAAGCAACUACAGGCGCACAAGAUUGUAUUGUCAGCUUGUAGCACGUACUUCCAGUCUCUAUUUGUUGACAACCCGUCGCGACACCCCAUAGUGAUCCUGAAGGAUGUCACAUUUGCAGACCUUCGGACAAUGGUCGACUUCAUGUACUACGGUGAAGUCAACGUCACCGAGGAACAGUUACCACAGGUUCUGGAGACGGCGAAGCUCCUAAAAAUCAAAGGUCUCACCGAGAUGCCAGACUCCACGUCGCUGACCAGAGCACAGGGAUCGUCGUCGGAAUUCCAGCCGGGGGACUCAAUUGACUCCCAAAGGCGCACACCCUCACCUAUUUCCGAGCCAAACAACAAACGCAAGAGGCGAAGGAAAAGCUCAUCAGGCUCCACUCCCCUGGAUAUGCUCCCGGAGGAUGGCAGGCCUGAUGACACACCACAGCUGGACCUUGUGCGAGGGGACACCAUCACGCUUAGCAGUCUACCGCAGCAGAGGCAAAGGAGGGACUUUCAAGAUGACAGAACUUUGGAUAACGCACAACAGACCACAGAACCCCACAAUUUGAAUGUUGAACCUCUGCCAAUGGACAACAACCAGGCCGCACUGCCACAAGGAGGUCAGUGGAGUAUGAUGGAGCACACGUACCCGAGGUAUAAUGCGUGUGUGGGUUCCGGUCUACAGCAAGACUCCGGAAUGUAUAUGAAUAACGUUAUGGGUGGCCACGUGCCCGGGGACAUGAACGCGUACGGCCAAUCGCUGGGCGUGCCCGGGCCCUCCCCCGGCCCUAGCUGCGUCCAGGAACAACAACAACAGGCGCAAGGGCAACAGCCUAUGGCGCAGAAGCGGAGGCGGACGACCAAUCCACAGUCCGAAGAGAAAUUCCAACGCGCCUUAGACGCGGUGCGCUUCGGCGGCAUCGGCUUCUGCAAAGCCGCGCGCCUCUUCGGCGUCAACAACCGGACGUUGUGGCUCGAGUACAAAAAGAAGGGAUACCCUAACAACCGGCCGAGUAUACGCAGUCGGAUUAAACGCGAGCACGCCACACCGCCGCUGGAGCACAAGGACGACGUUCAACAGCCCGAGCAACAGAUGGCGUUACUGUGUCCCCCGCACCCGGUCCCGGUCGGUUUUAUCGACAGUCGCCCGUUAGAUUUCCCGUUGCAAGGCAUGCCCCACAACUCACCCCUGAACAUUUUGGGGGUGAACUUCAAUUCGAUACAAUAGAACGCGGCGUGCGGCGGCGUCGGCGACGAGUCGUACUCGUUGUGACCCGAGUGGGGAGGCGAGGUCAUUGCCCCCGCCGCCCCGGCCGCCGCCGCAGUCGCGCCACGAUACGACAUUUACAUGCACAUGCCGUUGUAACCCCCAAGCCAUUGUACGGAGACUGAUGUGUGGGAGACGCCAAUUGGUCAAGGUAAUGCGGUGUUUUACACACUUUUAUAUUUUAAUAGGUGAAGAGCGCUAGAGAUAUGAGAAAUCAUAGAGACAACAAGUAAAUAGGCGGUUCUAAAAUUAAAUUUAAUCAACCAGUGUUUAUUGAAGCAUAUUGAUGUAUUUUUUUUUUUGCCUAAAACGCUGUAAAUCCAGUGGCCAAUUUUGCCCAAAGGAUCAAAGGGCGUACAUUUAGAACUACUUGAAAAUUACUUGCCAUACCGGAUACCCAGUGUUUUCGACUGCCAAAUACUUGAAAUAUCUUCAUUCAUUGGCGUUAUUUUAAGGUAUUUUCCUUGCCUUCCAACCUACAAUGCAGUGUGAGUGGAGGACAUUUUGUUCCUAAUUAAUUUCGUCUAUCAGACCAGAUUUAGUAUACUAUAUUACUGAUCUGUGGCCAAAACAGCCUAAGACUAUCAAUCUAAUUCACUGUUUAUUUCUCACCGUAUUAUUAAGGUACCGAAAUUGUCCUUGGCGUCUCCCUAAAGUCUUCCACAUCCGAGAGAUCUCAGUAAAUAUAAAUCAUCGAUACUGGACUGAUGUGCACAAAAUAGGAUAUUAGGACGACGAGAAAUGAAAUGUGAUAGCGAAUUUGUAUAGUGCGAUCUUUCGCGUUAGAUUUAAGCUUUUGAAUGGCAGGUUACAUUCAGUUAUUCAAAACUACCUCUAUCAUAGUAUUCUUUCAUUUUUUUUUUACAAUUUUUUUUUAUACUUUAUUUAGUGCAGCCACCAAAUGAUGUACGGUUUAUAUUUUUGUAGUUUAAAAACAACAAAAGAAUGUCAGUAUGCGAUGGUGGUUUUGUUUUUAUAGCGGUGGUGAACACAUUGUAAAAAUUUUUGGCACAAUUCACGUUUUCAUCUCUUACGACCGGCCAGAUAGUUACAAAACCCGAAAGACACAUUUAGAAGGUAGACUGUUAAUGGAUUAAUUCUCUAAUUAAUACAUUUGUCAUUUUUAUUUAAUCGUAUUAUUUUACCCAUAUUUCAAUCAGGAGUUUCCAAAAUCUAUUAACCAUUUUUCAAUCAGGUAUUGUCCAAAUUAUAUUACGCAUUCUUCAAUCAGGAGUUGUCCAAAUUAUAUCACCCAUUCUUCAAUCAGGCGUUGUCCAAAUUAUAUUACCCAUUCUUCAAUCAAGAGUUGUCCAAAUUAUAUUACCCAUUCUUCAAUCAGGAGUUGUCCAAAUUAUAUUACCCAUUCUUCAAUCAGGCGUUGUCCAAAUUAUAUUACCCAUUCUUCAAUCAAGAGUUGUCCAAAUUAUAUUACCCAUUCUUCAAUCAGGAGUUGUCCAAAUUAUAUUACCCAUUCUUCAAUCAGGAGUUGUCCAAAUUAUAUUACCCAUACUUCAAUCAGGAGUUGUCCAAAUUAUAUUACCCAUUCUUCAAUCAGGAGUUGUCCAAAUUAUAUUACCCAUACUUCAAUCAGAAAUCAUUGUUUGUUGUUGUCCAGUGUGCAAGUGGCAAUCACGUGUCAGAUUUUAGGCCGCCUUAAGGCAUUCAUUUGUCAUCCACGGGAGUGAGUAGUUAAAUUUGAAAGUGACAGGAACCACACGGUGUUGCGUGAAAAUGUCAAUCAUCUACUAAAUUAUAAUAUAUCGUAUAUAAUUUCAUGAAUAAUGAUAAUAAUUAGUAACUAAUUGAAACGUUUAUCUCCGCUAUGAAAAACAUUUCCAUUUCCGUACCUACUUAUAAAAAUUUUUAUACAUUUUAUAUGAUCAAAUUAGGUAAUGAAUUUGAUAUUCAAUAGAUCGCACAGAUUCGCUUGCGGUCAUAUUUCUCUGUAUUUUGUUGAAUAAGAUGAGCUAAGUUCACUUUUUCUAACUUAUGAUUUUGAUUCAUUCUCGGAAAAAAAAAGAACAUUCUACAUUAUUUUUAAAUAUUUAUGAAUAAAAAAUUUGAUUCUUGUUGCCAUUCGAGUAAAUUAAAUCUCGAUAAAUUUUAGAUAGCUGUGUUUUCCAAAGAAAACUUUUAAUUAAAUCAAAAACUAAUAAUCAAAAAAGUUUGUAAAAAUGUGAUGUGGGAAUAGUAGAAGAAUAGCAAUUGGAAAAAAAGAAUCAUAGGUUAGAAAAACGUAGCCAAAUACUAUGUAUAAAUAAUGAUUUUUCGAGCCAGUCAGUUUAUAAUAACAUACGUAAGGUUAUUUAGAGACGAACAAAGCCCAGUCGAGAAAUGUGAUUGUUUAUGCAGUGUAAAUAUAUUUUUUUACUUAUGCGUUAAUGAAUAGGAUAUAUUUUCUAGUGAUUACGGCAUUUAGUAAUAUUUAAAAGCGCGGACACAUUUGAGCGGAAUAUUUUUUUUAUUGUGACGAAAAUUAAAUUUUGCGUUAGUGUGACCACAGCUUAAUCUGUGCAUUUUCGUGAUAUAGGGUGUUCGUGUUAACUAUAUGAAUGAUCUCGGCUCGUGUUAUUUUUAUUCAAUAAUGAAUACAUCACGUGUCAGCUUUAUGUAUUGAUGAAUGACUUAUCAUCACAUCUCGCUUUUAUUUACAGUAUUAUUAUUAGUUAAAAAUAAGGCCUAACUACUAGUAUCGUCGGUAGUAAAGACAGCCUAAAAAUGUAUCCUUGGUUUAGAUCUUGCCAAUAUUUUAAUUAUUUGCCUAAAGAUCAGACUGAAAAUGGGGAUACAGAUACAAUGAACACGUUAAACGCUGCGCACGCGCCGGCCGCCUGUAUAUGAUUGCGCUUAUUUUUGAUACUUUUUAUAAAUGAAACAUCGCAUUUAUAUUUGAAAGUGAAUAGUUAUAACCACUGUUUUUCUUUUUAGGUUUAAGUCCAAGGGAAUUCUCAUACAAAAUUAACAUGCAUUUAUAGUGUAGAGGUUAGGAAAUGAUGGACUCCUACGUUCCGAUCGACGGACGUCAAAAUGUUACAAAAUGGCUGAUUAUCAUUAUUAUUUAUUAAAAUGACUGCAUAUUAAAAGACUAGCUGUUUCUCAGGGCUAUGCUUCCGCGGGAAUAUGUGAAAAUGCUUGCCCUGUUAUUUUUUGUACAUACGGCUCAGAUGAUAUCUGGGCCACCUUUCAUACACCAAUCAAGGCGAGGUGGCACAGCUAUCUUUAUAGCCUACCGUACGUCAAAUAAAAAGAAUUUAACCAUAUUUUAUUCGAUCGUGAGUUAUUUCUGUUUUGUUUAUCAAAGUUUCCCCACUUCCAUUUCGUUCCUGUUUUAGGAGCAGGCAUUUUAAAGUGUUUUAGAUUACAACGAUAUAUUUUACACAACUAAUGUGCGAUCUCUAUAAUUUUGGACUGAUUUUUUUUUUUAAUAAUUUUUACUGAGAAGCCUACGAGGUCGGAAGUUUGUAUAUAUAAUAUAAUUGUAAAUAAGAUAGUUUUGAAUCUAAUUAUCGCUAUAAGGAGGGAAUGAUUUGAAUUUUAUUCGUGUAUUUCUAUAUAGUUUAAUUUAAAUAAUUUAGUGCCAUUGUAACACUGCAUGUUUUUUUUAUUAUUAUAAUUUCUGUAUAUUGUUUUUAUAAAGUUUUGUGGAUUUAUAGAAAGAAUGAAUGUUUAACAAAAGUUGUAAAACCUUUAAUUUUCUGUCUUUUGGAUCUCACUUUUCGGGUUAAUUCCCCUAAAUUGGCACUAAAAAGUUGUUUUGAAAUACAAUGAAAACAAUUUGUUACUGGGUUUUGAACCAAAUAUUACUUUGCAAUAGCAAAACAAAAUAAAACGGUCGAAUUGAGAACCUCCUCCUUUUUAAAAGUAGGUUAAUAAUAAUAUUUAAAAUUUUUAACUAGCUUAAAAACGUGCCUGUUUACUUGCACGUUUUUAAGCGCUUGCGCCACUUAAUUUUUGUCUUUGUUCCUUAAAGGUCGUUUCUAAAUAUGCCAAGUCACCUUCCUAAAGUCAGAUCCAUGUAUUUCAUUCUUUUUGUAAAUCUCUAGUUAUUUUAAGAUAUCUCUUCACCGCUGUAAGUAUUACACAGUAUUGCUGGAAGGUAGAUAGACCUUAAGCAUUAUGUUUAAUUGUUUACCAUUAUUUCCAAAAAAAUAAUUGAAUAUGAAUGCGCCUCACUGGCAUGUAGCGACUACGUAAUUGAGCCCAAAUAAUGUGUUGUGAAAGUUGCAAUUUUUUCUGAAUAUUCAGAGCAAUAAUUUUUACCUCUUCAGGUACUCUUAACAGAGUAUUUUUUUAAAGUAAGGCUAUUUCUUUAAAGGAUUUACAACGUGGCAACGUUUAGUUUAAAAGCAUCGGUGGGCGAACCGGUAAGGUGACCGGUUAGAAUGCGUGAUGCGCAGAAAGGCACAGGUUCAAAUCCCACAUCGGCGAUGUACCAUUGACUAUUUUCAAAAUUGUGUACAUUAGUUUGUGUACUAACCGAUGCUCUUGCGUUGAGGGAAAACAUCGUGAGGAUAUCUGCACAUUCAGGCAACUGGAUGUGUUACCAUGUACCGAAUACGGGUUAGGUUUACCUGCAGAGGCUGCGGAGGGCAGAUGGCUUCGUGUAAAAAACUGACUCGUACAAUCUAGGAUCCAUUGUCAAAAGCAUACCCUGGGCUCCUCAGAGCGGUGAAGAUGCAACCGGGACUAAAGACAGGAGGAGGAAGAUAAACAACGUGGCCAAAUCAUAAUUAAACAAGUUGCAAACGAGAAAUAUUAUCAAAGUCUUUUUACCUAAUCUAAUGAGAAUUGAUGCCCGUUUAUCUCUUUCUGAUUGCCAUAAUUGGAGACAGAGAGAGAUGUAAAGCAAAUUGAUGGUCAUUCUGUAUUUUUUUAUUUCGAGUCAGUUUUCCAAGUAUAAACUUCCAUGGGCCAUUCUGCAUCGUAUCAAAUGUCAUAUUAGUUACUCCAAAAUACCGCUAGAGGGCAGUUUCAGCUGCAUGUAGGUAUCAACGAGUGACCAAUGUUUAAGUUACCGUUAGCAACUAACCGUAUACCAUUUACCAGUCAACUAUAUAGUUAGCACCGUACGGAUUACUACAGUCAUCAUUUGCUGAUUUUAAAUACACAUUGAUAGUCAUUUAAUUAGUGGCACAAUAUUAUUAGAUGAAAAUAAGAACGCUAUACGUUUGUUGAACACUUGCUGCUCGCGAGCCGUAAUUGUUGUUAGGCGUGUGUGAAGAAACGCGCAUGUGACAUCAUUUUUCGAUUUGUAUAAGAAGAGAUAGCCAUCUGAUGUUUAUUACCUUGUAGGGACAAGACUGAUUUCUUUUUAAUAGUCUUUGGCAAGUGAUAUCAUACAUUGUUUUUUAUAAUCUUCAAAAAUUAUGGUCUGUCAUUGAUAACAAAGAAUAAAUGUAUGUGCAAUCUGUUUAUGGUCCCAGAUGAGUUAUAAACACAAAAUGGCUAUAAAGGCGAAUGAGAGCGCAAUAGUAGAUGACCUUUUCUUACAUUUUAUUGCUGCGCGGGCGGCCCAUAUUUGACAUAAGUAUAAUGUACAUAUUUGUAUCUACUUCCAUUGGUAUUUAUUCUGUUUUUGACAUUUUUUAAACUACAUUUUUUUUUUACAAUUUUUUUUUUAUGUCAGCCAAUACCAAUAAUAUAAUUUGAAUAUUAAUUAAUACAAUUAUUGUAUCGAAUUUUUUGUAGUGGAUUAUGUAAUUUUGAACCAUAAAUAAUUAUUGCGGAUAUAUCAAUUCCUGUAUUAAAUGUUUUUAUUAUUAUUAUGUAACAAUGAAUUUAUAGUAUUUUUAUGUAAACAGAAUGCCAUGCAACAUGAAAUGAUGAUAGAUGAUUGUCUACAUUGAUAGCGCCGACAUGGUUUCAAAUGAAACUAUGUAUGUCAUUUAAUCAUAUAAGAAAACCUGCAUUUAUUACAGUAUAAGUAAACAAAAUCUAACACUAAAAUAUAUCUAAAAUCACAAAGAAAAAUUCAACACAUUACUAAUUGUUCAAAUGGGCAUCAUUAUAAAUUUCAUAAUCAAUCAAAAAUUAUUGAAACAAUACACUAUUGCAAGUAUUUUUCUUUUAUACUUAUAUAUUUUUUUAUUAUACUUGGACAUUCAUUAAAUGUUGGCGAAAAAUUGAGUAAAUUAAGGAUCUGUUCAUAUUGGGCUAAAACUGUCACAUGAUAUCUGUUUUUUUACAUUGCACGUUAAUUAAGUUGGUCGUAUGUAGAUAGUUUAAAAGAAUCGGACUACAGUUGACUGUUUGGUUUUUAUUAAUUCUUCGUUUGUGUAUACUUACAUAGAUUGAUAAUUGUGAGAAACGAAACGUAUACCACUUUAAAAUCGAAAAUUGUGAAAUAUUUUUUUAUACGAAAUGUAUUUCUUAAUGAAUCUGUGUAUAAAGGUAAAGAAAACGUGAAGUGUUAAAUAGGGAAAAAUAUAAUGGCGAAUUUCUAAUGAAUCGGAUGUACAGAAAUUAUUGCCUAAUUAUGUAUAGUGAUUUCAAAGAAAUGCAUACCAUUUAAUGUUGAGUAUUGUACACAUCCAUGUAUCAUUUAUGUCUCGUAUUAUACACGUUACUGUUUUUUCCUUGUGUGCGAAAAAUUCAUCAACUUGCUCUUAGUGUGCUAAGCAAACGUGGCAGCUCGUUAUUUUAAUUUCCAUAAAAUUACAACAUUUCAAAUAAAAUGAAGAAUUCGAGACAUCUCGUUUUUAAAGAGAACUUCAAUUAUUAUCACGAAACUUAAGUGGAAAUUACUUUUAUGGUUGGCAAAAGGGCAAUUUUUAUUUUGUAAAUUGUGGUCAACCAUAUUUUCUAUGUAAUUAUAAAUGUAUUAUCUGCGCGGGCGAAGGCUCGGGUAACAGUUAGAUCUAAAUAUAUAUCGUUAGUCCUUGGACAGAAAGUGUUCUUCUAAUUGUAAAGACAUGCUGUAUAAUUAAAAAAUAAUUGUGAAAUUACGUAUUUGUACAUAAAAUUAUAAAUAAUAUGAAAUACCAUUUACCAGUUUCAUUCAAUUAGUAUGUACGAUUAAAAAUCAACUGAAUCAUAAAUCAAUUUGUGUGUACUUAUAUUUUAUAUAGAUAUUUAUUUUAAGUCAAUUUUAACUGAACAAGCUUCGCCAUAUCAUUGUUAAUCAUAUACCGUGCAUUAGUCUAUUUUUAGGCUAUUAAAAAUGUAUAAAGAUUAAAUAGAUAUUACGUAGCCAUUAUGUUCAAAUAAUGAUUGGAAUGGAAUUUAUAUUUUUACAGUAUUGGCAUUAUAGAAAUUUCUAAAAGCGUUAUUACAAUGAAUCGCAAAGGCGUCCAUUUGUAAAAGCACUUCUCAUAAUUUAUAUGCAAAGACAUUAUCUUCGAAAUCUGUGUGUUAAGGCAUUAUUUCGAAAUCUGUGGGUAAAGACAUCGUGUUCAAAGUCUGGGUGUAAAGGGUUAAUUUGCAUGCGAAAGCUUAUAAGGAUUUACAUAAUUCAGCAUGUAGAAACCACUUGAUUACACUAUCUAACUUUGUACAGCCAACAGCAGAGAAACUGAUCAUGGCUUUGAUUUGUAUGAAAAGAGGGUCAUGUUACUCUGCCUUAAACUGUACAUUGUAAUGACGUAUGUUUUGUCUUUAAUGCCGCCUGCUCAGUUUCUGUGUUUGACACCUUUAGUUUAAUGUAGACACAGAAAGAGAAAAAAAAACAUUUUUUUUAACACUAACGGUGAAAUUUAUUGAGCGCCUUUUUUAUAUUGCAUAGAUCUGUGCUGAUUCUAUUUGAAUCCAAAGUCUUUGUAAGAUUCAACCGCUGUGUAAAAUAUGAGAGUUCGUGCGUAGCACUAAAUAAUACUAUGUUCUACUAUA